AAGCAUACCAUCCUGAAGAGAUUUAUUUUCAAUAUAUUAUCCGGAUAGAAGAAAAAGGUUUUACAUUAGUUGAAUAUCCUUUCGAAGUUUAUAAAAUACUUGAUUCCUAUGAGUAUAUUAACAGAAAUCAACCACUUCGCCCAAUACUUGAUAUUGAUGCCAGACAGAAACCCGAUCCUACCAAAUCUAAACUACCUUCCUUAAAUAGUGAAAAAAUUUCUCGUGAAGAUUUAAUGUCUAAAAUAUUGAUUGCUUAUAUAGAUACAUUAAGUCUUAUACCAGAAU